CGCCGGGGCCUCGGGCCCUCGCGGCUCCCGCGCCCGCCCGUCCGCCCAUCAGUCCGCCCGGAGCCCAGGCCGCCGCCAUGUCGUCCGGGGCCAGUGUGAGCGCGCUGCAGCGCCUGGUGGAGCAGCUCAAGCUGGAGGCCAGCGUGGAGAGGAUCAAGGUCUCUCAGGCGGCUGCAGAGCUCCAACAGUACUGCAUGCAAAAUGCCUGCAAGGAUGCCCUGCUGGUGGGUGUUCCAGCUGGGAGCAACCCCUUCCGGGAGCCCAGAUCCUGUGCUUUACUCUGAAGACUGGGAAGAAGUUCGCUGAGGAAUGCUUUCAAGCACAAAGUGAUGAAUGACUGCCUCCAAAUCUCAAGAAAACACUCCUCUAGCCAAAUGACUUUUAGAUAUUUCAGACCUUUCCUGUGGCCUGGUCUUUUAGCCAAAUUCUAUGGAAACUGAUGAGUUUCUACUCAAGGAAACUGGGUGAGGAGUAGAUUUUAAAUAAUAAUGACCUGGUUCUUUUGUUGAAGUGCUUUAUGCUUAAGACAAACAAAAACCUUACCACCAAAUAUACCAAAAUACACCUCUUUUAUUAAGUGAAUUACUAAUGUUUCUAUACCUGUAAUGUUAUGUAUGUUUUAUUUACUGGAUGUUUAUAUAUCAGGAAGGAAAACAGUUUUGUUGGUUAAAAAAUCGAAUAUUUGUAAUUUGCUGUUCUUAAGGUUUUUUGGUAACGUAACAAAAUUUGUUUUCUCAUGAAUUUACAAUUUCUAAAUGAGGACAAGCAAGUAUAAAAUUAGGGGAAAAAAUAGCCUUUGUUAAUCAAAUGAUGUCUUGAUUUUUCUAAAUGAGAAUAUGGUUUUAUUUUUCACACUAAGCAUCUCACACUAAGCAUGUUUCUUAGCAAACCCUUUUGGAAAGAUUAAUGUUGUAUUGUGUAUUAGAUUGCCCCACCCUGUAUAUGAAGUAGAUUUCAUCUUUGUCUUCUUAAGUUGCUCUACUUUAUAGUUGUGGUUAUACUUAAAAAACAAACAAAGAAACAAACCACAUUGUUUCAUGUCUUUAAAACAGUAUAUAAAUGUGAUUUACAGAACAUUGCAAAUGAGUAAAAAGAAAGUAGUGUGAAAAUAUUACAACCUAAAGGAAUUCUUAAUGUCACAAGUGUUUUACUUUGAUGAUGUGCCUUUGAUUUAAUUUGGGACAUUUUUGAAAGGAUACUUUGUGUUUGUAAUAAUCUUUGAGGAACUUGGAAAUAAAAUUUCUGCUUAAUUCAUCA